AUGUUCUUCUGCUACCGCUCGUACCGGCACUCCCGACGAAAACGCCAGCGCCUCCUAACACUCGCCCUUCCCGUACUCGCCUUCCUCACCCUCACCCUCCCGUUCUACAUCAUCUACAAGCCCCCUCAAUUCGUCGUCUCCUACUUGGCCCACAGAUACCCCGACAUCCUCUGGCAUGUUCCGAACCUCAAGCCGGGCACCCAGCCAAUCGUCGCCUUAACAGUCGAUGACGCUCCCACCCGAUACACCUCACGCAUCCUCGACCUCCUCCGUGAGAACGACGCGCACGCAACUUUCUUUUUAAUCGGCGACCACAUCCCAGGCAACGAGGUUUUAAUGCGUGAUGCCGUGAAUGAGGGCAACGAACUCGCGAACCACGCUAUGUUCGACGAGCGGUCCAAAGAUCGAAGCGACCAGGAACUCGAGGCCCAGAUCCAGGCUGUGCAGAGUCGGAUCCAACGGAUAUACGCCAUGGCCGGCCGCCAGGCUGAAGCGCACGACGAAGUGAAACUAGACGAUAUUGAGCAGGACUCGCUUUUCGCGUCUGGUGCGGGUGUUGGACCUGGGUCUAGCUCUGGCUCUGGACAAUCUUCGAAACAAUCGCGCGGCAUCGAGAAUUCAGAAGGACAGGGAUUGAGUGAAGUCGGCGAGAGUAUUCCGGCGGUCCCCGGCGGUCCCGGACGGUACUUCAGGCCUGGUUCUGGGGUGUUUUCGGAUCGGAUGAGAGCGCUUGUUCAGCGGUUGGGAUUCCGCCUUGUGCUUGGGAGCGUGUACCCGCAUGAUCCGCAGAUCAGUGUUCCGUGGGUGAACGCGGCACACGUACUGAGUAUGGUCAGACCCGGAAGUAUUAUCAUUGUGCAUGAUCGGAGGCCCUGGACGGUGCCGAUGCUGUCGAUUGUUUUGCCGGAGUUAAAGAAGAGAGGUUAUAGAGUUGGUACGGUAUCGGAUUUGCUUAAAGAGGGUGUGGCUUCUUAG